AAUAACUGUAAUCCGAACGCCGUUUCGAAAGACAAUGAUACACCGUUAGGUAUCGCAUGCCGGAAGAAGAAUCUUGUCUUGAUUGGACGCCUCAUUGAUGCUGGAGCCGAUCUGGAAAUGCCCGACAAAUGUGGUAAGAAAGCAGCAGAAUACGGUGAUGAGGAUGAGGAUGUGAAGAAGAUAUUGGAUGGUGAACGGAUACAAACUGAGGAGACGUCAUCGGCACUACAAGCGAAUGAUGCUCUUGCAUCGGAAGCAACUGCAUCGCACGGCAACGAUUCUGAAGAUGAUGCUCUGUUAUCCUAUCGAAUACGUUCACUUAAUACAGAUGAUAUCUCAGCAAUGGACUAUUUGACGCGACUGCGGUUAGCGAAGCUUUUGGAUUCAGAUGAGAAAUGGAUCAUUUUAGCCGAUCAUUUGGGUUGUGGUCAUAUGGUUGAAUUUAUACGGGUUUGCACCGAUGAAACUUCAUCACCAACAAUGAUCCUUCUGGAUCAAUAUGAGGUUUCUCGUCGAUCUUGUGCCCUAAGUCUAGCAUCUACAGUUGUGACUUUCCAAAUAGCGUAUUGCGUACGCGCAAUAUCAUUCAGAUUACUAUAA